AGGUCACGCAAUGAUUUCAGUAGAUAGUUUUGCUGUGAAAAUGAAAAUAUCUACCAAGAACAGUGAAUCAAGUUGUCAAGUUAUUAAUUUGGGAAAAUAUGAGCUAAAAAGACUCACAGGCAUGAGUAUUCUGCUGAACUGGUUGGUUAAACUUGUAGUCAAUGUCGUUGCCAGAAAGUCGCGAAAAAAAAUUAUAAGGGCUUUAGAGCAAUUUUUUUCAUGAAACUUCCAUGUGAAAUAUUUCUUCUAUUAAAUAAUUACAUCACGAAUUUAUAGUAAUUUUUACUAUAAGAGCAGCUGUACAAAGUUUGUGCUGGACACACAAGUAGUACUAGUAUAAAGUACACACUAAUACAAAGCUUGUGAUAUCACCAGAAAGAGCUCUUGUAACUGUUUUUUUACAGAAUCAUAUAUUUAUUUGAUUGUUGCCACCAUUUGAUACAUUUUCUCCUUGCUUGUUAAAUAAAACCCCGCU